ACCUGCAGUGUGUCACAGGUCUCCGGCUGCGCUCUGGAAUCCGCAAAGCGGCCUCUUGGUAGAUAACGAGCAGCUGGGAGGGGAUCGGACCAGAGGGGGAGGGAUGGAAGAGGAGAGGAGGGUGACGAGCGUAUGGACUGAUUAGUUGGGUUCGUCUCUGCAGCACCGUUGCAUUGCAGUUGGUGGGCUGAUUGAGUGCGGUGUAAGUUUUGAGGUAGUGGAGAGUUUUGUUGCGGCCGAGGGAAGUAGAGUGGGAGGCUUGUGCGAGAGCCGGCCCGCGAGGUUUGAUGUAGUUGGGAGUUUACCGAGUUGAGGUUUUUUUUGUUUUGUUUUGUUUUUUUUCUUUCUUCUCCUUCUUCAUCUUCUCCAUUUUUGAGUUACUCUUUUCUGUACAUAUGAAAGAGCCCGUCGGUUAAAUGGGGGUGAAUUUUGUGCAUAUAUCUUGACUUGGCGAAGAAUCCGUCGACUAUCUGCUGGACAUCAUUCUGUUCAUUUAUUUAUUUAGUUAUUUAUUUCUAAUUUCGCAGUGAAGGUAGUACUGCGACUUCGAUUUAAUAUUGUAAGAGUCGUGGUUGCGUCUGGUGACUUGCGAAGUGCAUCGUGGUUUCGUAGAGAGAUUGGCGUAGUGGGGUUGCGAGAGUGAGGUUGUGUGUGUGCGUGCGCGUGGGAGAGAGAUUGAGAAAUGGCUGCGAGGGACGAGAAAGCAAGCACUAAGAGUAGCCAAGCCUAUCAGGGGGUGCAUUUCAGAGGCGUAAGGAAACGGCCCUGGGGUCGAUUUGCAGCUGAGAUUCGGGAUCCAUGGAAGAAGACGCGCGUCUGGCUAGGGACCUUCGACACCGCGGAGGAAGCUGCAAGAGCCUACGACAGUGCUGCAAGGGCAUUGCGAGGUUCUAAAGCGAAGACAAACUUCGCGUGCCCACCUUCUAGUGACGACCAGAGCACGAGCCAUAGUUCCACUGUGGAGUCGUGGUCCACACUUCCCAGCUGCCAGAACGUUUGUCAACCCCAUCACCAGCAUCAUCAACUUUUGAAAAAUCACCCCAAUUCUCUUAACUGUCACCAACUGUAUGGCCCCUCUGUUGCCUCCGAGGCAGAUUCAUGGCGCACUAGCUUGGACCUCAACCUCUCGGCUAUGGUACCUCACGAUCCUGAUCACCAGGUUGAAGAGAUGGCUCAGGUUCUGAACGAGAGCAUUAGUGCCGGUCGCUCCUACGUCUUGCCUGGUAAUGCCGGGGAGCUUUCACAAUCCAGCAAGCGCCAUUCCUCCACGCCGAUCCAAACCCUCUUUCAGGAUACAAUGGGGAAAACAUCUUACAGUGCCAAGAAACCCUCAAUUCUCGCUGUUCCACCAGUGAGGACUUCUGCAAUUCCAUGGUCGCUGGGCGCACGUUGGGAUCAAAAUGUGGCCCUCCCUACGGGUAUACAACCAACCUUACUGACUCCCGGAUCUGCUGUCUCGCCUGAGACGAGAGCCUGCUCCAGUGAUUGCGAUUCGUCUUCCUCUGUGAUCGUCAAUUCGGAGAGCCCAGAGAUUGUGGCAACACCGCAACAAAGGACGAAGCCCGUGCUGCGAAGAAACUUCCCCUUUUUGUUGGACCUGAAUUCCCCUCCUUGCCUUGAUGAGGAACCGGCUGUGACCGCCGUGGGCAAUUGACUCGUCUCGGCCCCACGCUGCAGCGUUUUUUUGAGUAGCAUUUGCCUGAGUUUAGAUUUUACCAUAACUUAGCUGUUGCCACAAAUUGAGCUUCUGCCACUUAAGUUUGCAGGCUUGAAGAAAUAAUUACAUUACUAUUUUUUUCAAUUCUUGUACUUCUUUUUUAUCCUUUUACAAAGAUACACAGUGGCUUGUGUUACACCAUUCACGUGUAAUGCUCGUUCUCACUUAGAACCCAUUUUAUGUCGCCACUGCCUUCUCUU